AAUACCCGAGCCGAUGCUGUUCUCAUGGACGGGACUCGGGCGAUCGGAGUACGCGUGACUUUAAAGGAUGGUCGGACGAUCAAUGUGAAAGUAUCGAAGGAGGUGAUUCUAUCUGCCGGCAGUAUCGCCAGUCCAAAAUUACUAAUGCUCUCUGGCAUCGGGCCUAAACAGCAUCUGUACGAAGUGGAAAUACCGAAUGUUGUUGAUUUGCCAGUCAGCAAAAAUCUUCAUAACCAGUUCGGUUAGCUGGGCUUAUACUUGGCUUACCAGAACAAAACUGCGACGC